AACAAUUUUAUCAAUUUUAUACACAUAGUGUUUUAAAUUUUAAUUGGGCAGAAUUAAAAUUAGUGAUACGUCUCAUCAGAUAUAUUUAUUAAAAAUUUGUUGGAAUUUGUCAACAGUUUUCGAACUUUUAAAUGCAAACCUUUUUAAUUUAUGCAAACAUUCAAAGAUACGGAAUCUUAUAAAAACGAUAUGUCUGCACUUCUAAUUUAUAACAAUGUAGAAAUAUGAAAUUAAAAUAAAAAUAUUUUUGUCAAUGAUUUCGUUCGAAUAAAUGCUGGUAUAUAGACUUGGGUAGACUCAUCGACAUUAUCUGUCGCAACGUGUAUAUAUAAGAAACAUAAAAAAACACUUAAAUUUCGUUUCUUGAACUAUUCAAGACAUAUCUUUGCGGUAGAACUCAUACAUGAAAUGAAUCUUGUAUUCCUAACCUCAAAAUUUAUUUAUGAAUCUGUCAAAUGAAACAUUUAACAUUAGCUGUAUAAUAUGAAAAUAAUACAAAAUUGUAGGUAUUUAAUUUUAGUGUCUGAAUUAAUGUAAUGUAAUACAAAUAUAAACAAGAGUUAAAUAUUAUGACACUGUCUCAGAUUAUUAUGAUUUAAUAUUUAAGAAUUUGAAAGAAUCAUGAGUAACUUGAUAGAUGCCCAUUGGUUUCCUUUAACCUCGCAAGGAAAUAUAUAUUCAAUGACAAAGUUAUGUUCCACCAAUGGCUCCAACAAGGUAUUAGUGGCUUCGUUAAAAAGAAAAAUAUAUACUUGCGAAUAUCAUCUGAUGCCAAAUCUACAUUUAAGACCAUUGGUUAAGGAACUGCUGUUUACAUACAUUCCAAGUGGUGCAGAAAUCAUAUCCAUCGAUGCUUAUAAUAAAUCCGAUACAGGUGACGGGUUUGUGAUAGGAAUAACAAUAAUAAAAGUAAGCACAGAUACAUCCGUGGAGAGAUAUUUAAAUAUAUAUACAGAAGGUGGUGCAGAUGGAGAAGGAGAAGAAUACAGUUCCAUUGAAGCUGUAGCACAAAAUUGCCUCAUGGUAGAAUUAGCAUAUACUCCGUAUCAUUUAUACCAUACUAUACUACCACAACAAAAUUCUUACAGCGAGGUUGUCUGGUUAUUGUCUGGAAGUGAUUAUAAAAUCCAUAUGAUCAGGGAGGAUAAAUUAAACCAUGGUUACAGUGAAUCACCAAUUGAAAAAUAUUUCCCUGAGUUACAUGAUCUUCAAGCAAUUACAAUAUGGAUUAAUAUUUACUAUUAUAGCAAUUAUAACUGGAGACUGACUGUAAUUGGUUGCGAAUGCGGUUUAGUGAAAGUAGCUAUCGUUAAUGUCUUAGAACUGAAAGUCCGUCGAAGUUGGAAAUUGCGAUACGCCGCACCUAUUACCAGUGUAUGCGUAUUUUCACAACAAAAUAAUAUAACAAAACCAACUUUUAUCAACUCUAAAAGCUCAAGUCAUUCUUUGGAUGAUAAAGAAACAAAAUUAAAUGUUCUCAUUGUAAAUACAAGCUAUGCUGUUGUUUUUAUGGAUAUUUUAAAUAAUGGAAUGGAGGAAGACAUAAGAUUAAAUGGUAGCGAAACAUCCGAUUGCAUUUUGUGCUCUUGCAUCGCUGAUAUCAAUAUGGACGGUCAAAAUGAAAUAUUGUUAGGAACUUACGGCCAAGAAAUUCUAAUAUUUUCCUUGGUAAAUGACACGUGGGAAUUGACUGUUAGAAAAUUAUUUGAUGCACCUGUACAUUCUAUAUGUUACAUGGACAUAACAAACGAUGGAAUGAAGGAACUUAUCGUUCUUACACAACGUGGGGUACAUAUAUUACAGCACAAUAUUGCAGAUGUUAAAGAUAAAUGGAGAAAAAGAUAUCAAAAGAUAAUUGGAGGAAAUAAAACAUAACUUGUAUAUAUAAUUUCCGUUUGCCAUAAGGACAAAUCGAAAUCAAUUUUAGUCCACGAAGAUCGAUAUAAAUAAAUAUAAAUAAAUUUUUAUACCGAAGAUUAAAAGAGUAUAUAAAUAUAAUAUGUAUGUAUAUGUAUGUAUGUAAAUAUGUACAUUGUCAAAGAGGAAGAAUCAAAGUAAAUUUAUUUUUAUCGUUACCGUAUACGUAUGACUCAAUGACUAAUAAAGUAUUGAAUAGUAAAAUU